AUGCCAGCGCUGCUGCUGCGAGUGACAGCGAUAGGCGAGGAGUCCAGAAGCCAGCCCACAGAAAAUAAAGGGUGGAAGCUUUACGGAACUUUCAGCAACGCACUGAGCUCAGCACUCUCUCACCUGACGAGACAACCUUAUCUUGGUUUGUGACUAGUUCUAGGAUUUCACUUUUAUUUUGUAUUUUUGGUGCAUGUUUUUAAUAAGCGAGCAAUCAUGAAUCAUGUAAGUAGAUUAAUCUGUUGUGAGUUUCUCUAACUGUUAUUGGAUAUUCAUGAUGAUUUUGUUACUAAUGGACUGACACUGAUGACAUUGACAAAUGGCAUUAACCUACAAACAGUAGUGUCUAGGGAAAUGUGAUACAUUUACAGGUUGUUAUUGUAUUAAUUAUUUUUCAGUGUUUUUAUGUUGUGUAUGAUGAAACAUAAAGUGCUAUAUUUUAAUUGAAAGGUAUUUGCAGAGAUUAUCUCCGAUUUUCAGCUUUUGUGUUAUAUUUUUGUGGCAGUAGGCUAUGACAAACUCUGGUCUGGGAUUAGCUACAGAUUGUAAUACUAGACAAUUUAACAAAACAAAUGUUAAAUCACAUUAUCUGGUGUUACAAUCUGUAGCUAGUUUGGGAAGUGGCUCAUUCCUGAAUCUCUUGAAAAUUAUUGAGUUUAUAAAGAGAGUCAAGUUCAGGGUUCUGCAUUAGAGACUAAUCUGAUCAGUUAAUACAUAAUAUUUAUUCUACAAAGGUUUGGCCUGAGACAACCUUUGCAGAAUAAAUAUUAUUUAUUAACUGAUGAGAUUAGUCUCUAAUGCAGAACCCUGAGCUUGACUCUCUUUAUAAACUCAAGCAUUUUCAAGAGAUUCAUGAUUUAUUCCACUCUCAGGAGAAUUGAACUCUAAAUGAGCUGACUGUGACAUAUUUUAUUCCUGCAGAAGAAAAUCAGGAAAGUUCACUUCUUUUUUGGAGGAUCCCUAUCCCCAAACUGUAGUUCUGCUCACAGACAGCCCUGUGUAUUUAGUCAUGGGUCUACCAGAGAACAGUUAACAAUUUACUGCCCUAAAUAUGUUGAAAUAAGGGACGUGUCAUGGAAAAAACACAAUCUUUGCAGAAGUCUUAAAGGGCACACAUAGCAAUUGUGUUAACUGUUGCAACUACUGAACAAUGCUGAAAUGAUAGUGAGCUGCAUUGCUUCAUCCCUUAAUAUGAUCCUGAUGACUGAUAAAGUAUUAGAGCUCAUUGUUCAAAGCCAACACUGAGAUUGGAAGCCUUGAUUGAGAUGAAAUCUGGCCCAUCAAGGACAUUGAAGGGCGAAAUCACCUGUUGAUUCAUUUUUCCUCGUAGAUGAGGAAAUAAUUGAGGAAAAAAACAGUCUUUCCAAUGUAAUCGUACUUACCCCUACAGGUAUUUCCUAUGCCGCUAACAUGUUAUAUUGCAUUCACAUACCCAUGUCGCCAGUCUCCAUAACACUGUCACUCUCAGGACAGUUUCUGUCCUCAAGGAAAGUUAUACAAGACCUUAUGUUUUUGGGGACCUUCCAACAAUAUCUCCUCUAAGCACUGGCCUCAGGCCAGGAUGGAGCCGGAGCGGAGCCCCUCAUAUCUGCCACAUCUUGACGGCAGGCCUGGUCUCUCUGCAGUAGCCUGAUGCCCGCUCUUUCCCUUCUGACCUUCAUAGAAGAGACAAGAUGUCUGCAGAGAGGGGACUUUGGACCCAGUGAAGUCUUUAAUUACACACGAUUGCGUUCAGUUCAACAGUUCAAACUUAUUAAAAGCCUUUUUCUUAGUCUCUGGAACGUGAAAUAGCUAGAGGUCUAGCCUGAGCGUCGGCUUACUCAAGACAUGAGAUUAAAGAGGGUUGUUUGUUGAUAUGGCUAAUAAACAACACAUUGGCAUCAUACAUAUCCAGCCAAUCCAGAAGGACAUGGUGUACAAGCUUUGGAAGUUUAUCUUUGUCAAGAGAGAUGAGACCUUCGAUAGUGUGCGUAAACAAAACAGAUAUGGCUGGCCUGGCUGGUGAGUUGUGCCGUUGGCCCGUUGCAGAGGUGGAGGGGAGGGGACCUGUCCCUUUUGUCCGCUACUUGGUCCUGGACGAGACAGGAAGUGGAGUUAGUCUGGGAAAGUGGUCCCCGUAUCUCCCCCAGUGAUCUAACCGCUGCUUUCAUAAUGGCUGCUCUGAUUAGGUUAUAAUUAGAGCAGGAAUUGCAGUGUGGCUUUAGUAGCUGAGUAGAUGAGGAGGUGUGGGAGAGCAGGGAUACACAACAGGGAGGGCUGUCCAUGGGACCACUUGUUACAGCGCUCUCAUAAGCUUAUCAGACAUCCGUGUCACUGGUGUCACCAACUGUCGGCAAUGCCACAUGCUUACAUAACUCGGUUUGUCAACAUCAUGCUUCAUGUUGACAUCCCUCUGUGAACAUCUGUGAAAUUGGAAAGCCAUUGUUCAUGAGGCUCUGUGUUUUCUACCAAAAGUAAAGGAAAUGCCUAUCAUUUGCUUUGCAGAACUAUUCAGCAUCUUUUUUGUUUCCUUGUUGUCAUGCCGCUAGUUGGGCUUGAUUCCUGUUGUUUGCUCAUAUGCGUUUUCUGAAAGUCAUGACCUCAUUAGUAAGGGUGUGUAGUAACACAUUUAUAACCAGAGUCUUAUUCGGUCACAUCUAUUAGACUCAUAUAGCCAUUGUAUUGGCUAAGUCCAUGUUGUGUAGACAAAAAUGAAAGGGUUCACUGUAAUAUCCCUUUCCACAAACCAGUCAUCAGUUGAAUGUCUCAGUCGUAGCAGUUUCCUUUGCCCAAUGGUUACAUACCCUCUCUAGACAGGUGGGUCUUUUUCCAAGCCAGCGAUCUGGUCUAAAUAAGUUCAGCUGUGUAUAACGCUCUUAUACAGUAUCACAAUAUUCUCAGUGUGGUUCCCCUGGAGGUUGGCUCUCUGAUUGCACAGGGAAACCUUGAAUGGUCAGCCCCCCACAUGGAAAAAGCAUUCAGACGCAUUGUCAUUCUAAAACACUCAGGCAAGCCACAAAACAAUAGUUCCAUAAUAAUUUGUGUAAAGCAAAUCACGUUAUUGUGAAACAUCAUAAAUCAAGUAUUUUUUAAAUCUAAUAUGGAAUGUGUUUUAGAAUAUGUUAUAUCCAAGCUUAUCAUUCAUAAUGUCUGACUUCGUUUUUAGUUUACCCAGAAUUCAUUCAUGAAUCUUCAUUCAUUAGAACAAAAUCAAUACGUUUUAUGUUUGUAUCAAGUAUCAGUAGGAGUAGGUAGGAGAACAUUGUAAAUUGGUGAGCAUAGGAGGUCUCUGAGUUUUCAAUUGAUCAGUUCAGGACUUCCCACUCAAAUGUUCUCAGAUGCCACUUUCAAUUUCCCCAAAAUAAGGCCACGGAAAUAGUGGUCUCCAUCAUUUUCCCAAAGCUUGUUGAGCACACACACACACACACACACACACACACACACACACACACACACACACACACACACACACACACACACACACACACACACACACGCAUGCACACACACACACACACACACACACACACACACACACACACACACACACACACACACAGGAAGUGAUUCAGCGUUGUCCCUUCCCCUUGUCAUCAGCCGUAAAUAUCCCAGGGCGCUCGGUGUGGCAGGAAGUCCAUUGAGAGGGACAAACAUGUUUUCUUGAAAAGGAUCAAAGGGCAUCAAAGACUGUAGUGCAUAAAAAAGUAGAACAAGGAUCUGAAACCUAAUAAAAUAGGCCCAGAUCCUGGACCUCAGCCACAUGACCAUGAUAACAUAGCACAUCUAUUCACAACCGCCUUCCCACCCAAACGGAAGAAGGGUUAGAGUUUCCAUGGUGAUUCCUGUUUGGGUGGUAAGGCGGAAGGUUACCUGUUAAUGUUUUAUCAGAUAUACUCUUUAUAUAGAAUGAUUGCUGUUAACCAUCCGAUAUCUGAACUCUCCUGUUACCCGACACAAGGGUGCGGCAGUAACAUUGGGUGAACAGAUGACUGUUAUCUUAAACUGUAUAUCUGAGUUACUUUAGUAACUGUCCUCGUUAUCUGUGUCAGAAGAAAUCUGAUCAGGUAGCCUACUAAAAUGAACAAAGAAAUAUGUGUCAAAUACUGUACUAUUAUGGAAGCAUCUCUUGGAAAGGUCCCCUGUAAUCAUUCCACAUCUCUCCCUCCCUCUCUCUCUGUUCCUUAGUUUAACCCCCAAGUGGAAGCAUGCCCAUCCUCAAGAACCUCCCAGCGCGGCUGAAGGGAGGCAGCAGGGUGAACGGGGAGUUGGAGAAUACGCGUGGCGAACUGAUCCUUUGCAAGAUGAGCCUGAACCUGAAAUCCAGCCCCUUUGAGGUGCCCAGUGACAAUGAGGAAUGGGCUCAGGCAAACUCAAUCCUGGACGGGGGCGCGCCACGAGACCGUAACCCCUUCGAGGACGAGGAGGAUGAGAAUGAGGCGAACGAGGGGAGACGUGGCGGCUCAGGGAAGAGUUCGUUCAAGGGCACCCUGGAACGCAUCCGAGGCGUCUCCCCGCUGAAGACUCUGGGCAAGCUGGGCAAGGGGCUCCGUAUGUCAGGCCGCAGUAAGGGCACUGCCACCCCUUCCCCUCAGGGGUCCGUAGCAAGCACCCCCACCUCAGAGAAGAAGAAGAAGGGCCGACGGAGCUCAGAGGGAAGCUUACUCAGGUACGAGAGGUGUAGAGAAAAGCUGUUGAGGAGUGGUUUAGUAGAGGAUGUUGAGCUCAGCCCACAUCUCCUAUAACCUAACCCCUUAACCCUUAACUCACCCUCUUCUCCACACAGAUUUGCAGGGAAGUGCAGGGAGAGCCUUCGCAAGGAAAGCCUGCCCAACGGGGAGCUCUGCUCAGAGAGCGAGGGGGGUGACUCUUCCAGCCGCCGGCUCUCCUUCAUGAAGAUGGUGGGCCUGGGCAAGCUGAAGAGGGAGUCCAUGGCCGACCACUCGUCUCAUGAAGAGGAGAUGGUGGAGGUGGUGGAGGAGGUGAAGCCAAGGGAGCCCCUCUCAGGUAAGGACAGCUCUCAGUGGAGCGCUGGGCUACUAAGGAUCAGCCAGUAUGCACUGUGAUCCACUCUGGGGUCUCAUGAUGACUUUCAUUGACUGUGAUUGGUAACAUUAAAGGUUAUGCUAUCUCACCAUUACAUUUGAGGAGGUAAGAUACUGGUAAAAUGAAUGGAGAUCGUGGCUGAUAAUAACCCAAACAUUUAAACUGACAUUUUGCCGUGGAAUAUAUCACUAAAUCACAUUUUAACCAAUGAGUAAAACCACAACAGACAGGGAAGCACUCUAUGCAGGAAGCUAGUUGAUAGUUAUGGCCAAGGUUUACUUCAGUUCAGCUGGGCAUUCCAUGUGUCAGCCCCCUUCCAGUAAACAAUAAUUCCCGCCAUAAUCUCUGCAGUAUGUUACUAUUUUCACAACAGAGAUUAUGUUAUCAAUGUCUCAAUGUCUGGGCUAUUUUUGGACACUUGGGAAACAAUGGGAGAAAGAUGGCGCUGGGAUAGAGGAGACCAGGUCCAACUAGGCCACUGUUAAGAGAUGCGGUCCAUCCCAAUGCAGGAGGACCAACCAAAGGGUUUCCCACACAAAUGUUUGAUGUAAGGUGGGGCUGUUGGGGCUUUAUUCACUAUUACUCUAGCCUUCCUCACCAUUAAAUAUGUUCCGUUCCCCACCUUUGUUCAUUAAAUGGCGUCUCCGGUAUGAAAGAGUACAAUUAACACAUAAACCACAUCGUGGGGUUGCUGGAAAAUGGACUCCAUUCUGCUUAGAAUAUCCAAUGUUGGAAAACCAUUUUUUUAUUGAAUGCUUAUUAUACACUAAUCAUUUUCUAAUGAUAGGUCUACUAAAUAUGUGUAACGCACAGAACUUGAUUCGGUGAGUCUGAACUUAACAAUCUAGAGCUUAAUGGUCGGGAUAGUGUGUGGGUACUCAGUAAUGGUAUUCCACCAUGUCAGCAUGGCAAGAGAUCAGCUUUCAUGCUUAUUACUAACAGGUUCUGCCUGUCUCUCGGUGUGAGGAGUAAAGAUAAGGGUUAUAGUGGUGGAAACAGAAUAAUAAUAGAAUGCAGAGGGCCAUUAAACCAGCUUUACAAACAGCAGAUAUAAACUGCUGAGAGCUCAGGAUCAGACAUGUUCACUCUGUGUCCUGGCCUUUCAGUAAGCAAGCAGUCCAAAUACCAUCUUAUCACGCUCAAAAUAUCACUGAGAUGUGUUGUUUACAGGCUGUUGUCUUCAUGCCUCAAUUGCUAUGACCCAGAGGACACGUCACGCAUUCGGAUAGAUCUUUAGAUAGAUGCUGCUUCUCCAUGUUCAUGCCAUUUUACCUGCACCACUUGGCCCCAUGAUGUAUCUGAGACUAGUGAAGCAGGACAGAAUGGCCUGAUCGGCUUAGAAAUUCAGCCAUACAGGCUCUCAUAUCAAAGCUUUACACCAUUACACCUCGCCCCGGGGAUCCAUGCACGAGUGCUGUAUGGAGAGUGAUGAAAGAGGUAUCCACGGAGGAGGAAUGGGAUGCGUGCUCCACUCUGUGUGUUUCAACAAUGUGUGUUAUUUCUUGGGUGAACCCCCUAGCUGACCCACAGCGAAAAGGCCUUUUAUUUGUUUAUUUGACUGUGUUUGAUAGGGAAAAACACGGCUCUUUCUGGCAUUGUUCUCUCAGCUGUCAGCACAAACUGUUGCUGGUUGUUAGCAACCCCUUAAACCACAAAGACAUGACCAGUAGGGAACUCUGGUUUCUUUCAGUCAUAGCUUGUUAGAUUCAUUUCCUCAUGCCACAAAACUGAAACUUAAAGGUCUUUUCAGGGUUAUGUUGAGGCUGGUAAAUAUUUACACCAUCAUUUUCUUAUUAAGACAAGAUGGUUUAAUAGCAGUAGCACAAACAUUCUCACCAGGCCAUUCCCCUGUAAAGAGUUGGGCCCUCCUUCAACAUGGAAAAAGCCUUUGUUCCUUGAGGCUGUUUGUUUCUGGACUGGUCCUAAAAAAAGAGCCAUGAGCUAAGGAAACAGAACGGACAGUGUAUGUUUGCAGACAUCGGUAUUGUGGCGUUCAUUACAGAAAGAAAACAGUCUGUGCUCGGCUACGUAGACUGUGUGGCUGUGCUCAAGUGUCAGGAAAUAUCUCAGUAAUGGAGAGUGAGUGACUAUUCAGACUAUUUGCCUACUGUUUCAUAAUCUUCCAACCAAAUAUGCAGUGUGCUGAUACUAAAUGAUUCAAGACAGAAUGUAGAAAAGGGAAUACAGACAUGAAAGAUACUGAAACUAAGGACACAUGUAAUCAUAUGCGAUACCACAGCACAUCUUGCAACCCAUCCGUGCCUAGAAAGUAAAGCAGUUAAAUCUGUAUGGUGUGAAAGGGCACAAAGCUAUAGCAACCUCAACACUGCUCCCUGUACCUUCACAUGGAAUUUUCCCUUCAGUGCUCUUCCAAUCAGAUGAGUGUGGCAACCAACCUGGCCUCAGGUAUUCAGAAAGCUAGGGUCGUAUUACAACAUAUUCUGACCAAGCCCUCAGCCCCCUGUCCCAACCCAGCUCCCCCAUCAUCAUCAGCCCUAGCUGGUGACCCAGCUAACAUUGUAGCCAUAAUCUCUAUGUGUCAUACCCCUCUGAUUGGCUGGGUGGGUCCACUUUGGGUUGAGUUUAUAGCGGCCCAGACGGCAUCCGAGAGCGCCUUGAUAACAGGACCAUAUAGGAGGUGCAGGCCCCGGCCUAGUGAAUGAUUUCCAGCCCUUGCCAAAUGACAACCCCAAGGCCCCUGGACCAUAAAACCAUAACUAGCGCUGGCUCAUGUCCUGCAGUAGCUGCUGUGAAAACUGUGUCCACAUUGGGAUCCUAGCAACAAAUGGCUAUAUUAGCCGUGAUGAAAUGCAUGCUGCUUCCUCUCAUAUUCAAUAUACGACCUUGAAACACACCAGUUGUAGCACAGUCGGUUUCAAGUGUCCGUGUGUUUUCAUAGAAAAACAGUAUAACGAGCAAUCAGUUAGUCAAAAAAAUAAAUAAAAAUGAAGCUGGGCAGAGCUGCCUUUUCUGCCAGAGUGACAACCCAGGGAGUGCACUUUUCCUAUGAUCUGAUUAGUGUUUGUUUUGUUAGUGUCAGUCGAAUGUCCAGAGCAUUGAGGAGAAAGGGGAAUCUGAGUGCAGUGAACUACUGACUCCCAGGAUGAGUUAAUGUGAUCGGUCCCAGCCCUGCCUGGGUGUGUGCUGACGGGAGGGAGUGGCUAGGGAGGAGGCCUCUCUGUCUCUGGGCUUCCGCUCACUUCACAUAGACGCCAUGUCACUCUCCAUCCGGAGGGACAACCAAGGCCUGGAGGGCUGGCCCAGGACCAAAGGCUUUCUCAGGACAGGGCCAGGAUAGGGCCAGGCUCGCUUUGUUGUAGCUGAGCUUGGGAUUGUGGAGAAAGGGAUGGAAUGAGAGGGUAGGAAGGGAAGGGGGGAACAGAUUUGACCCAGCUGUGCCUGCAGAAAUAUGGGGGAGUUUGGUGAAGCUGUGGGGAAGUUGUUGGAUGCUCCUCUGCUUAUUUUAUUUUUUGCUUUUGGAGGAAAAUAUUUAUCUGCCUCACACACGCUGAGAUGUGAAGGCAGGCAGGCUGCCUCUAGCCUGGUCCCAGAUCUGUUUGGCAUUGACAACGAACAUAGCAGUUGGCUUUACUACAGCACAAACAGAUAAAGGCUGAAUAGGUACCAGAGAAUGGGAGAUGUUGAGGUUCUACAGCUCAGGUGUCCACAUACAGUACCCAUAGAAAGCCUGCAGAGGACUGAGGAGGUGGUGGGUGUAGAUGGGGUCUUGGAUCUUAGAGAUACAGUUUAAGGGGAACAUGUGACGCUGCUUUGAAUUCACUGGAGAGAGAACUGUGGCUUUGCAGUCCAGGAAGGAGGCUCAUAUUUUACUUCAUGCUUGGCACCCCUGGACAAUAUAACCCUCUGUGCUGCUAGGCUCUGAACAGCAUGACUGGAGAGCGUCUCGAUGGCAGUUCUGCAGGUGCGUUCUUACCCUGCACAAUUUGAAAAGAGAGUACACUACAUAUCUUGCUUAGUCAGUGCUUUUGUUUGAGUGAAGAAUUUAUUUGACUCCUUUUGGGAAUAAAAAAGCCCAACAUUUCCCCCUAAGGUCCUCAAGGUAAAGUUACAUAAUAUGUGCCAUAGCCGCAGCCUUCAUAGAUCCCAUAGGCGGCCCUCGCAACAUUAUAACUUUUUUGGUUUGCACUGAGGAAGGGUGGUGCCACUGCUAUACAUUAGCUGUGUAUGUUCCUUAUGACAGGCUUAGGGGGAAAGUGCCUUGGAACAAAAGACCAGUGUUCCCAUGUACUCUUUAGCUUAGCUAAGCGUCUGUGGAACUGCCCAUUCCAGGCCAAUCUGUGCUUUUAAUGACUCCUGAAUAGGCCAUCAGAUCUGUGCAGAGCCCUCAAACAUCUGGCAAUCCAGAUCUGGUGUUGUUUCAAGGGGAUACGUUAUAGGUCUCUAAAAAUCCUCCCAUUUCUACUAAAAGUGAGGGCCACUGACUUCUCACCUUAACGUGGUGAUUGCGGGCAGGCCGAGCCACAGCUUGACUAAUCGUCCCAGUGGGUGACACGGUUAUACACCCUCUGUGAUGCGUCACCACCAGCCACGUCAUGUCAGGUAACGCCCAGGCUGAGGGCUCUGUCUGGGGGGAGACAACCAUCAUGUGGAAGACGUGGUGUCUUCCUAUCACAAGGGAAGGAGAACAGUCAUUUUCCACCUCCCACUCUCUUUAAGGGAGAUGUGCCUGGCUGCAUUGUGUUUUAUAUUUAGAUGUCCUUCCGCUGUGUUGGCAGGCAACUUUGGCCAUGAUGGAGUGUUGUUUGGGGGGAGGGGUAUGGGCGGUGCCAUGGCAUCGCUGGGCGCUACUUCUCUUCCUCAAGCGGGACAGGGAAGGAUGAGCAAGGUGGCAGGCCGGCAGCGGAGCGCCCCCGCAUCCUCUAGUUCCUUUAUGGGGACGGGGAGAAAAAACGGACAACUCAGCACUGCGGUGGAAGCCGUACGGUGCCCCGAACAGAGAGGGAUGGUUAUUUACACAGCUGAUCUGUGACGCACCAUAGCAGUGGUGCGAUGUGCUUCGUAUUCCUAUAAGAGAGUCCCCAAAGUGGUGUCAUGUCACCGCCCCAGACCCACACCUCCCUGCCCCUUUUCCUGGGGUCGUUGUGUUCAGUCACCACACCAAUGAACUGUAGGAGGGGGAAAUGACAUCAUUUCCUGCCAUGCUGCUGGGCUGUGCAGGACAACAGCAUGUGAAUUGCUAUCCGGCUGUCCAGAGACACAAAUGACUUAUGCAAGCAGAUCGGGAGCCUUAUUGGUUUGCCACCUGAUGCUGAGACACACAGCAGCCCAUUCACUAGCCGACAGUAAACAGACAUGGCUGACUCCUCCUGCUUCUCAUCCAACAGCUUCCUUCUCCUCCCAGUGCUGUGCUCAUGCCCCAGUCACCUCACUUGGGCUGGGCGGUAUGCAGAUACAAGCAUCUCCAAACACUCUAGGACACAGUGAUUCAACACACUGACCUCUCUAAUCACAUCGUGUAAUGACUGUAAAAACCUGACCUAUUCCCUUGCACUUAUCACACAGAAUGUGUAAACAACUCUUUGAGUUUUCUUUUGAGUAAGCUAUUGUAACACAAUACCAUUCCAUGCAUGUUACACAAGCAAGCAUUCAAUGCAUGAAUGUUUUUUGACAAACUGUAGUUAGUUGCUUUGAGUGGAGGGUUGGCUUUAUAAAGGUGUAGUUGCACCGUACUCUGAUAGCUUGGGCCAACAACUAGCUCACCGUCAUAAAACUGAGUGGUUUAUUGGUGCGGUAAAACCUGGAAAUAUAUACCUUGACGUGUUCCUUGACGUAUAGAGCUUAGAAGCUUUAAAUAUGUCUGUAUUGAAAUAUGCAUACUACUAGCUUUAUUGCUUUGUAGAUAUGAUUGGAGAGCUUCCUCCAUCCACCAUUCAGUUUCAGGUACUGGGAACACUUUCAGGUACUGGGAACACUGUUGAUGGCUGAUCUUUGGAUUGGUCAGUUAAUGAGCAACUUAGAAUGUGAGACCGUUUUCCAUUUGUCCUAAUGUCCUCUUGAACUUCUGCUAUGCUUUUGUUACCCACCAGAUCCCACCAUGCGGAUAGAGGCACUUUUGCCAGCCAACUCCCAUAACCACAAUAAGUUAAUCAACAAGUGUACUUUGCCAUCAGAUGAAAGCUGACUGAACUUUGGUCUGAAAUGCCAUCAUAGUAUACAGUUCAUUGGGCCCUGGCAUGAAGAGCAUUUCAAAGCUCUCUGCUCUAGAAAACCAUAAACAACUAAAGGGGUGUAUUCCUGUAAAAUGAUGGUUUUGUUUAGCACAUAAGACUGUUUAUUGGAAUGAACUAUGUAAAUGAAUCCACAAAAUCCCUAAAAAAGGGUCUGUUCCAUUUUACACUUGCUUUCAGUAAGUGAGGUCAUUUGAAAGGGACUCAAGGAGCCAAUUACAUUAGGGCAGCAAAACCACGGACUGAACCAAAGACAUAAAGUUGGGCUUGGUCUCAAGGGCGUCAUGCACCCAUUAUUUUAGAGGUGUCACGAAGUACGUGAGGUUGGAGGGGUGGAGAAUUUAGCAUUUUUCAGAGUUGCUCCCCUCCUCAAGUAACCAACACUCGACCCCUCUGACAUCAGAAACUACAGAGCGGUAUUCCCCUGCACCUCUCUGAUUCAGAGGGGUUGGGUUAAAUGCGGAAGACACAUUUCGGUUGAAUGCAUUCAGUUGUACAACUGACUAGGUAUCUCCCUUUCCCUUUCUUUGAAGCUUUACAAAACUCUUGAGCGUGCUGUCUCUGAUCAACUCUCUCACUAUCACUCUCAGAACAAUCUUCUUGACUCUAACCAGUCAGGCUUCAAGACUGGUGACUCAACCGAGACCGUUCUCCUCUGUGUCACGAAGGCUCUCCGCACUGCCAAAGCUAACUCUCUCUCCUCUGUUCUCAUCCUCUUAGAUCUAUCCGCUGCCUUCCACAACGUGAACCAUCAGAUUCUCUUCUCCAUCAGAUUCUCUUCUCCACCCUCUGGAGAAGAGGAUCUGAUGGUUCACGUUGUGGAAGGCAGCGGAUAGAUCUAAGAGGAUGAGAACAGAGGAGAGAGAGUUGGGCUGGGCAUCUCAGGCUCUGCAAACUCUUGGAUUGCAUUCGACCUGGCAGGUCGCUCCUACCAGGUGGCGUGGAGAGGAUCUGUGUCUGCACCACAUGCUUUCAUUACACUCUUAGAAAAAAAGGUGCUAAGUAUAACUAUAAAGGGUUCUUCGGUUUGUCCCCAUAGGGGAACCCUUUUUGGUGCUAGGUAGAACCCUUUGCAUAUAUCAUAAGGCCUUUCUUUGAUGGCCUAGUUAUACCCUAACACAGUGGCGUUAGGACACUGCUGGUUUACAGGCCACAUCAUGCCUGCAAGUCACAUUAAGCUGGCUUGCAAAGUGAUGUGUAAUUCCUAUUGGAAUCCAGCCAGAGUUAGGAUAUCCAACAAUUGUAACUUUUAAUCACCCGCAACCUGCAUUCAGAAUGACUGCCAGGGUAGGGAAGGUUGAAUACUGAGUCUAUCUUAAACAUCUAAACUGGAACAACCAUCUCAGUAACGGGUGCAAUAAGCCCAACUACUAACAGAUUGGAUUAGUUUAGAAAAAUGUAUGUUAUUUACCUUUGUGUAGCAUACAAUUAUUCAACCAAUCAAUGUAUAUGCAAAAACACAGAUAUUAAAACAAACAAUUCUGAAAAUCACCCUGCAAUAGAGCAUGCUGGGAAAAUAUGAUAUACAGCUAUGGUUCUAUGUACAACCCUUAUUGCCUUCCAAAGUACCCUUCUUGCCUUCCAAAUAAUAAUUAAAACAUCCUUUCUUCCAAAAAUGGUUCUUAGGAUGUUAAAGGUUCUAGGUAGAACCCUUUGCCUUACAAAGAACCCUUGUCUUCCAAAAAUGAUUUUUCAGAUCAGAAUAUGUUUUGGUAGAACCCUAUCCCUCAGCAAAUAACCAUUUUUUCUAAGAGUGUACUCUUUUCUCUCUACACUAAGUCACUCGGCUCUGUCAUAUCCUUACGUGGUCUCUCCUAUCAUUGCUAUGCGGAUGACACUCUCUGCGUGCCUGGCAGACAUCUCAGCUUGGUCCACAACCUCAAGCUCAACCUCGACAAGAUGGAGCUGCUCUUCCUUCCGGGGAAGUCCUGCCCGCUCCAAGACCUCUCUAUCACGGUGGACAACUCCACGGUGUCCCCCUCCCAGAGUGCAAAGAAUCUUGGCGUGACUCUGGACAAUACCCUGUAAUUCUCUGCAAAUAUCAAAGCAGUAACUUGCCCCUGCAGGUUCAUGCUCUACAACAUCCACAGAGUACGACCUUUCCCCACACAGGAAGCGCCGCAGGUCCUCAUCCAGGCACUUGUCAUCUCCCGUCUGGAUUACUGCAACUCUCUGUUGACUGGGCUCCCCACAUGUGCUAUCAAACCCCUACAACUUAUCCAGAACGCCACAGCCCGCCUGGUGUUCAACCUUCCCAAGUCACCCCGCUCCUCCGCACACUCCACUGGCUUCCAGUCGAAGUUCGCAUCCACUACCAGACCAUGGUGCUUGCCAACGGAGCAGCAAGGGGAACUGCCCCUUCCUACCUUCAGGCUAUGCUCAAACCCUACAUCCCAACCCGAGCACUCCGUUCAGCCGCCUCUGGUCUCUUGGCCAUCCAACCCCUAUGGGAGAUCAGCUCCCACUCAGCCCAGUCAAAGCUUUUCUCUGUCCUGGAACCCCAAUGGUGGAACCAUUCUAAAAAACUGGACAAAUCUAAGGGCGCACAUGCGAUUGUGCCCCCUAUGGUUAUGACGCCUCUACUUGGUCUUAUCCUCUAGUUGACAAACAGACUUCUCUGUGAACUGAAUCAAAAAGGGCUAUUAGACCUAAAGUACGGGCUUGGUUUUAUCCUCUGGUUGACAAUCAGACUUCAUUGAUUUUGACGGGCUGUGUUGCUCCUCCCAGUGUCUGGUGACUUCAAUGGGAAAUGGUCGACUUCAUCACUGCUUUUAGUACUAAUUUAAAAACUUUCUCUCAGAACACAUCAGAGGAAGAGAUGAUGAGAUCACCUCAAUGGGUGAGGCUGGGCUCUAAAAGUCUACAUGCACUUAAGGGAACUCUCUGAAGCCAAGAUGGAGUUCCACAGGAAAUACAAUUUCUCCACUUCAAUGCAAAGCACUAUGUACUUUUAUUAUAUACUAUUCCAUAGCUAUGCUAGCCGAAUAAAAGGCCUCAACCUGAUAGAGAAGCGUCUAAGGAGAGGACAGUGAGUGGACACACAAUUAGCCAUUCUCUGGGAAUCUAGGAUGAUUUAUUUUUGGCACCCACAUGUCGCUGAUGGGAUCUUUUGAAGUGUGCAACUGAAGUAGAGAUGAAACUAACCCACCUCCAGAGAGAUUGGUCUAACCAUGUCCAAUCUGCCCAGAAACAACAAGCCAAAGGGGACAAACAACAUCUGUCUUUCAGGCCUCUGAUAUGGAUAGGACCUGAUGUGGGAACCUGUGUCGGAAGUGACACCGUGGCUCAGCCUUUAGCUUUGACGCAAAAACAAACAUAGCUCUUUGACACGUUUGUGUAGGUCUUGGAUUUACAUAGGACUUGAUCCAUUUGACCAGGUCGUGUGUUGUGUAGCAGAACAGAUAGACAGGUGAGGGUGCAAGACCACCGAUCUUUCCAUUAGGAUAGUGUCUCCAUUCUACCUUUUGACUUAAUACAGCUGUAUUGUCCCCUGUAGCUCUGUUGGUAGAGCAUGGCGCUUGCAACGCCAGGGUUGUGGGUUCGUUUCCCACGGGGGGGCCGGUAUGAAAAUGUAUGCACUCACCCUGGAUCGGGGGGCCGGUAUGAAAAUGUAUGCGCUCACCCUGGAUCUCUGUCGCUCUGGAUAAGAGCAUCUGCUAAAUGACUAAAAUGUAAAAUGUAUUGCAUAUGCAUGGUUUAUCAUGUGGAGUUGUAUGAUGCAUUUUCCUCCUCUCUCCUUUAGUUCUAGAAAUUCUGCAGCUGGUGACUAAGAGAGACCUGCUCCUGGCUGACACACACAUCCUGGAGCUGGAGCAGGAGUGUAACGAGGCGGCCGCAGUGGCCCUGCCUUCAUCGCCAGCAGGUGGUGCUGUCCCAGAGGACCUCACCAGCCCCGGGAGCAAAGACGGCGGCAGGCGCAAAGCCAAAGACGUAGAGCUGCUGUACGAAGCCCUGCAGAAGGAGCUGUGGGCGGUGGUGCGUGAGUCGCUGCGCUCCCCCACGGCGGGGCCCAACCUGGGGCUGGUGGUGCAAGUGCUGCAGCAGGAGGAGCAGGCGGACCGGGAUUGGGCGCAGGGUGAGGGGGCGCUCCCCGGAGGACCCAGACCCAGGCAGCUGAAGCAGCGGUGGAAGGAGGCGGUGGCAGAGGUAGCAAAUGGGAGCCUGCCCCAGAGGAACGAGGCCCAGGGCGGGGAGCUGGCGGACUACCUGGACAGGGUGCGGACCCGGGUGGUGGAGGACCUGGGGGCGGCCAAGAGGAACGUGGUGCCAGUGUACCCAGAGGAGUACGAACCCUUCCAGGUGUACCUACAGAGCUACCACCAGGCGGUGGCCCGCAGACUGCAGAGUAUCACUGACGACCAGCUGAUGAUCACAGAUAUCUACUCUCUGCUGGACUGGCUCUACAACAUCUAUAACAGGUGGGUGUCCAUCCUAAAGGUUACUGCGUGUAGACUAUUGAAUAGCUCAUUCAAUAAUUGUGUAUUGCAACUUGUGAUUUUACACAUAUCAGAUUCUGGAAGUAGUAGAAUUGAAUAAAAAACAAGAAAUUAGCAAAAGUAUAUAGCUAAAUGUCAGGUUGUAACAAACUUGCAUAAACCACAAACUUGUCAGAAAUGGACGCAUGUUACAAGGUUGUGUGAUGUUAUUAUACAUAAUACUGUACAUAAAUACAGUUGAUUAUACUGUACAUAAACAAUAGUUUAUUAGUUAAGUGUUACUGUAUGAGUAUGCCACUGACUCUGUCCUCCUACUGUAAUCACUCCAGGGACGUCCUUGGAACAGUCAGCAUGACGACGUCCUUCAACAGGUCCCAGCUGGGGCCGCUGUUGCCCUCGGAGACCGUGGACAAACUGGAGCUGGACUGCCUCAACUCUGUCAGGGUAAGGGCCGACCAUUCACCCCUCACCCCCCGGCCCCCCUCAUUUGGUGCACCCCGCGUCUCCCUACCGGCCUGAGGAAAGGGUGCACCUAUGGUCCUUCCUGUCCACCUAAAGGGAGGGCUAUCACUCCGACCAGUGAAGCCAAUCAGUGCGCGGCGUCUCAGGGUCAGCUCGUGAUUUUCCUGUCUGUAAUGACCGCCACACAAUGGAAGCCAGACAACAGGCCAUUUAGCUCAGGUCAUUACGCAACUCACUUGCGAGUCAGGUCCAGGUGGGCUAAAGUACUGUAAUGUGGGUUACUCUGUUCAGUGUUGGAGAUCCAGGGUCCAUGCAUAUAGACAUAAUAGUCCACAAGUAAAUCCUGCAGAGGAAAAAGAGCACAGGGGUUAUUGGCAGCGUGGCCUGUGGGCUGGCAAUCAAUCAUGCCCCUGCGCGGUCACCCACCAAUGGGAGGAAACCUUCACUUAAAAUAUAGGGGGCUGUUUACAAGGGGAUAGCUGUUACUGGGGAUAUAGAUCAUAACAAAUGAAGUCAGACCUACAGUAUUAUCUGUGAUUCUACACCCUUUUCCAACUUGAUGUCUUGAUGGCAUAUUUUGAUGGGAAUAUUUUGAUGCUUUGUGGCUGUAGAGCUCACAGUGGUUCAGUGCAUGGUUGAGUUGUGUCUGACCGCGGUCUGGUUGCGUUCCAGGAGAAGGUGACCACAGAGCUGUCUCAGGUGCUGGAUGAGGAGGAGAAGCGUUGGAUGGAGACGCUGCACAUCGAGGAGUAUCAGAUCACACUGGCUCGCACCGUCAUCCAGGUACGCACACACACACAGGGCUAGAUAUCAGGAGCUUAUGUAAAUAACUGAUUUCUUCCCCUGAUUUUGUUGAGGCCGGUCAGGAUUGUUUUGUAUUGCAUGCUAAAUGUGGUCACAUUGUAUUUUGAGGAUAAGCUCAUCCAUCUGGUGGAGCAUAGAAAAACAUGUUUCAAGCAGCAGCCAAUACAGACACUUCUCUUAGAAUUCCGUCACAGCUCACUGUUUGAGAGUCACUUGACUGGCCUCUAGUGGCCAUGAUUGGUACUAGCACUUUCCUGUACAUCAUUAUCAGCAUUCAUGCAUCAGUUGAUGUUUCACAGAUGCCAUAAAAGAAAAAAGGAAGUGUCUGUUACACUUCACACAUAAUACACAUUUGCCAACAUUGUGUGUGUGUGUAUGUGUGUAUGUGCAGAGGCUGCAGGUAGAUCUUGAGCAGUCAGCUGCCAUUAACAGAAACCUGAGUUCCCGUGUGGCUCAGUGCAGUUUGAAUGGUCUGGCCGACUUCCUGUACAGGUGAGAGGAACACACACUGUAGCAUUACAUACUGUAGAAGUCCUAGAACACACUGUAUCAUGACAUAUUACAUACUAAGGCCUAGAACAAAGUCUCUGUCAUCAUUCAAAUAAUUAAACAGUAUUACACAGGACCAAACCUAUAGUUUUCUCACUGCCCACUACAUUUUAUUUUGCAAUAAUGCUAGAAUAUAUCAACUGGAAUCAACCAGUUCAACUGGAAUAUCGAAAGGAACAUCUCUAUGAGACAUUCUAAUACUGUUAAUAUUGCUUAACUUCCAGCUUCCAAAGGAAAGUAGAGAUGUUCCAUGAGGGUCUGGUCAACAUGGUUGGGGAUAAUGAGGAUGGAUAUGUCUCCAAGACCAUCGCCCUGGUCAACUGCUGCCCCCCUUUCAGGUAGGACUGUUGUAGCAUUAGUAGGCUAGCCUGCAUUGUGUUACAGUUGGUCCAUUUCCCCAAUAAUGCCUGAAAUUAAAAUUCCACCCAAAAACUCUCUUUUGGUAUUUGUUUUGCAGCUGGUAUGAUGCGUUUUGCAUCAUAUGGUGCAAAACGCGGCAUCAUAGGAUGCAAAACGCAUCACACCGGUUGUAUUUCUGUAUUUUGAAAGUUAUAUAUCUUGAAGACUUGAUUGCUGACAUGCAAAACAUUUUGGGACUAUAUCAACAACGGACUAAUGAAACAAAUACCAGAAGAUAUGUUUUGGUGGAGUUUUCCUUUAAAUACUAUACUCAAAAACAAUCUCCCCAAAUGGUACAUGUCAGCAUUCACCUUUUCAAGUACAGAGCAAAAAAUGCCUUGAUGAUGUGUUUUGCAUCAUAGUGUUCCUUAGAACAUGCAUAAACCAUGUACGUGUACAAUGUAGUCAUUAGUCUGCUGUGACUGUGUGUGUGCAGGGGUUUUGUCCAGCGCUGUGUGCAGUGCGACCCUGCCAUCAGUGAGGACUCAGCCAGGCGAGCAAACACUUCCCUGGACAGAAUAGUCAACCAGGGAGUGAAGGUGCUGAGCGACAGACUGUAUGAGCGCAUAAGGGUGAGUGUUCUUAACACACACACCACAUACACACACUCACACACAGGAUUCAUAAACACACCCAUGGUCACAGCUUUCCAACACAACAUGUAAACAACCUCACCCUCACACACACACAGCUAUAUCUUACUAUACUUGUGAGGACUUUUUGGGGACCAACAAUUGAUUCCCAUUCAAAAUCCUAUUUUCUCUAACCCCUAACCCUAAACCUUAACACUAAAUCUAACCCUUACCCUAACCCUACCCCUAACCCUAAUUCUUAACCUAACCCUAAACCUAAACCCUAAACCUAAAAUAGCCUUUUACAAGUGAGGACCGGCAAAAUGUCCUCACUUUUUUCCUCACAAUUUUAGUUUGUUUACUAUUCUUAUGAUGACCUCUGGUACUCACAAGUAUAGUAAAAUUUUUACACACACACACACAAACGCCCUCAAGCGUCCCUCUGUCUGCCAUGUGUCCCAGAAUAUAAAGCACAUCUUAUCAGUGUUCCCCUCAUGGCUUGCCCUCAAAGUUCUCAGGGAUGUGCUGAGCAUUUGAGGCACUAAAAUAGCCUCUCCAAUGUGACAAACAUGGUUAAAUAAGAUUAGAUUGGCAGCAUGCCACAUAGUUACUGGCAGGCUAUGCAGUUCUGCUCCUCUUCAAUAGCUGCCAUAGAGACGGGCAGUGCCAGUCCUCCAGGGGCAUAGAACCGCAUGUCGCAUCCUCUUGACCAAGCUGGGGAUUUUUAUGCUGUUGUCGUCGGGUAGGAAGUCACAAUCUGUGGAAAUCUUGGUCCAAACGACCCACACAUCCUGAUAGGAAGACACAAACCCAGUCGGGUGAUUCAGUUAGCCUUAAAACAGGGAUCUCUAUCUCGCGUAGAAAGAGACGAGCGAGAGAGCGAGGGCUCGAAGAUCUAUGAGACUCUUGCUGGAUAGCUAAUCUCGCUCGCGAGUCUCAGAGAGAGAGGAGCUUCUCAUAUGAUCUCUAUCUAGUCUCUAGCUCUCUUCUCAUCUCUAUCUCUCUUCUCUAGCCCUCUCUCUCUCUCUAUCUUCGAUUCUCUCUACUCGAUCUCUUCUCUCUCUCUCUCUCUCUCUCUCUCUCUCUCUCUCUCAUUUAGCCCUUCUUUGACAAGCUGGUGAAGAGGAAGUGGCUCAACAACACAGAGGCCUAUGAGCAAAUCGAGUCCCAUAUUAAAGAACACUUCAAGAAGUUCCGCAGGAUGGACAGUCCACCCUAUCAGGUACAUGGCAGAGACAGCAAGUAUGAGGGACGUGCUAAGAUCCUCUGGCACAAUGUCCACAAAUAAUUCAAAGUUCUGUUACUGUUUUUAAUUCUAAGCAACAAAACAAGCAGUGAAUGUUCAGGAGAAAAUGUUUUUUUAAUCGAUUGACUGAAUGGAUGAUUGGUUGAUUGAUUGAUUGAUUCAUUUUAUCUUUCCGUUACUCUCCCAGGUCCUGGUGGGAGAGGUGCAUAGACGGGUUCUGAUGGAAUACCUGCGCUCCAUCAUGAGGGGGAGGAUCAUCUGCACGUCACUCAGAAUGAGGAAGAGGAUGGUGGGACGACUGCGCGACGAGGGCAAGCAGAUCAAAGUGCUCUUCAAGGAUCUGGUGAGUCAUUCUAGAACAACUAUAUCAGAGAACCGUAGUCAGAUCAACAGUGCUGCCUGUGACACGACGCAACGAACAGUGUGUGUGUGUGUGUGCAUGUGUGCAUGUGUGUGUGCGUGUGUGUUUGCACUCAUGAGUGUGUGCCCAUUACUCACGUUUGACUGGUAUGUGGCCUGUCUGUGAGAGUUACUGAAACAACUCCAGAUGAGUUCAAACAAAGGAGACAAGUGAAGAAUGGGUACUGUAGCCGAGAUAGAGAUGGAUGACCAGGCAGGCCGUAUGCACAAGGGGGCAGUCACCUCACCCCUCACCCCUCACCCCUCACCCCUCACCCCAGCCCACUCCCUAUCCUUCCCCCUGUGGCGUCCGCCCAUUGCUCUAGAUAAAAUAUCAGUUUGUCACCUCUCUUGACAACAGGAUAGUGUUGUUUACAGACAAGUGGUCUGGCAUCCUGCCCAGGGCCUUAGAAGCCCUGACCGGCCUUUGGGGUCGAGUGGAGGACCGGGAUGAACCUCUGGUCGACCACACGGUUUAGUCCUCUCAGAAUUACAGGGUCACUUUGAUGCUCAGGUAAUUGAGUUUACAUGCUCAAUACUGUCACUCUACUUCUAACCUUGGUGUUUUGGGUCUAUGUUAUCUGAUGGUUCCCGCCAGUCAAACGAAUGCGUGAACAUCACCAUUCUAGUUGUAACCAUUAAGGCUUGAAAUCACUUAAUCUACUUCUGGGUUUAAUCCGUUGCCAAGGUCAUAGAUUCCAAGGCAUUGAGUCGGAGAAUAGCCAGUUGACUUGUCAUGAGCGGCAGAACUAGUUGAACAUGAAUAGCCCUGUUUAGACUGUUGUAUCCUAAUCUGUUCUUAUCACACCUCUCUCUCUCUCUCUCUCUCUCUCUCUCUUUCUCUCUUUCUCCCUCCCCUUUAGGAAUCUUCCUCCUCCUGGCUGGACAGUGCUAUCCCACACCUCUCUGAGAUCAUCCUCCUGGAAGACAUCCCCUCCAUCCAAAUGGAGGUGGGGGUCCUGGUGAGGGAGUUCCCAGACAUUCGGUAAGGAGCACAGGAGGCAGCGAUCAUCUAUGCAGAAUGAUAGUCAUAUUUUCAGGACUUCCGUCGAGUGAUAUGAGUGCCAACAUUUCCAAAAGCUUAGGUUGACUGAAACACCCCAAAAACAAACAUGGCUACUGUUCUGUCUCGAUUGUGGAUGGCAAAUGGUGAACUUGUUAAAAGCAAACAAGAGCUGAGUCGGUUCCUUAUUUUUAUGGGGAGCUGUUUGGCCGUCGCUGGCACACAUGAAAGGGGGGAGGGGGUCUUGUCCGUUUAUCCAUCUCGGGUCCUGGGCGAAGACGAAGCAAAAACACGGACUUCCUGCCCAGGCGUGACAAUGGUAGCUGUGUAGCAUAACCUGGCAUGGGCAGUCAGCUACUAAAGAGUCCCGUAGGAACACACAGGCAUGAGGAGGCAGUCCUCAAUGGAAUCUUUUCUAAAUAAUGAUUUGUCUCCAUCCAUAACUCAUAACAGACCCGCAUGUAUUGUUUGGUAUCUUGACUUGGAUCUGGAGAAUGUAACCGUUGACCUCUGGGUUCUCCCAGUUCCUUUUGAAAACAGAAACUGUACCGUACAAUCCUUGACAUAUUGCAUCAAGUAUGUCAAAUCCCUCUGUAAAGAACACACCUGAUGCUGGCAACUGUGCCAGGCAUUGACCCUUCAGAGCCUCAUACUAUCCUUUACACUAUGUAGAAUAAUACCCUAAUUGGUUUCACGACAUAAUUCGCUCCAAAGACCAAUUGCAAUCAACUGGUUGCAUGUAACUGCUAGUUAAUCCUCCAUAGUAGCUAACAGAAAAAUAAAGUUCAAAUUCAAAACAAGUCAGGUUUCCUGGAAGCCAAGCUCCCCACCACUUUAUCUAUGUAUUAUUUUGGGUGAUAAUUGCUGGUCGUGGUGGGAAGUGAGUUUGGGCUCCAUCAUCAAAAUCAAAUCAAUGUUAUUGGUUGCAUACACAUAUUUUGCAAAAAUAUAACAAUUCCCUGUCUUAGGUCAGUUAGGAUCACCACUUUAUUUUAAAAAUGUGAAAUGUCAGAAUAAUAAGAAUUAUUUAUUUCAGCUUUUAUUUCUUUCAUCACAUUCCCAGUUGGUCAGAAGUUUACAUACACUCAAUUAGUAUUUGGUAGCAUUGCCUUUAAAUUGUUUAACUUGGGUCAAAGUUUUCGGGUAGCCUUCCACAAGCUUCCCACAAUAAGUUGGGUGAAUUUUGGCCCAUUCCUCCCAACAGAGCUGGUGUAACUGAGUCAGGUUUGUAGGCCUCCUUGCUCGCACACGCUUUUUCAGUUCUGCCCACACAUUUUCUAUAGGAUUGAGGUCAGGGAUUUGUGAUGGCCACUCCAAUACCUUGACUUUGUUGUCCUUAAGCCAUUUUGCCACAACUGGAAGUAUGCUUAGGGUCAUUGUCCAUUUGGAAGACCCAUUUGCGACCAAGCUUUAACUUCCUGACUGUUGUCUUGAGAUGUUGCUUCAAUAUAUCAACAUAAUUUUCCUUCCUCAUGAUGCCAUCUAUUUUGUGAAGUGCACCAGUCCCUCCUACAGCAAAGCACCCCCACAGCAUGAUGCUGCCACCCCCGUGCUUCACGGUUGGGAUGGUGUUCUUCGGCUUGCAAGAACCCCCUUUUUCCUCCAAACAUAACGAUGGUCAUUAUGGCCAAACAGUUAUAUUUUUGUUUAAUCAGACCAGAGGACAAUUCUCCAAAAAGUACGAUCUUUGUCCCCAUGUGCAGUUGCAAACCGUAGUCUGGCUUUUUUAUGGUGGUUUUGGAGCAGUGGCUUCUUCCUUGCUUAGCGGCCUUUCAAGUUAUGUUGAUAUAGGACUCAUUUUACUGUGGAUAUAUAUACUUUUGUACCUGUUUUCUCCAGCAUCUUCACAAGGUCCUUUGUUGUUGUUCUGGGAUUGAUUUGCACUUUUCGCACCAAAGUACGUUCAUCUCUAGGAGACAGAGCGGUAUGACGGCUGCGUGGUCCCAUGGUGUUUAUACUUGCGUACUAUUGUUUGUACAGAUGAACGUGGUACCUUCAGGCGUUUGGAAAUUGCUCCCAAGGACGAACCAGACUUGUGGAGGUCUACAAAUUUUUUUCUGAGGUCUUGGCUGAUUUCUUUUGAUUUUCUCAUGAUGUCAAGCUGAGAGGCACUGAGUUUGAAGGUAGGCCUUGAAAUACAUCCACAGGUACACCUCCAAUUGACUCAAAUUAUGUCAAUUAGCCUAUCAGAAGCUUCUAAAGCCAUGAAUGGCAAAUAAGGCUGGCUGCAGAACCGAUUGGCAACGUACUGCAAACUGAGAAAUCAUGUGACUAAACUGAAUAAAAAAAAGAAGAAACUACACUGUGAAACAAAUAUAAAUGACUAUGGAGCACCUUCAAUGAAAUGUUGGGAAAAAAGGCAAACUCAGCUCCAUCAUUCAUUGAAUGAGAUGGUUCAUUCAUUACAAAACCGACUGAUAUUGCCAAGUACUUUAAUGAUUUUUUCAUUGGCAAGAUUAGAAAACUUAGGCAUGCCAUGCAAUCAACAAAUGCAGACACUACCCAUCCAAGUAUAUAUGACCAAAUUAUAAAAGACAAGAAUUUUGAAUUCCGUGAAGUGAGUGUGGAAGAUGUGAAAAAAUUAUUGUUGUCUAUCAACGAUGACAAGCCACCGGGGUCUGACAACUUGGAUGGCCUGGAGAUGGAAGCUGUUUUUCAGUCUCUCGGUCCCAGCUUUCAAGCACCUGUACUGUCUCUGCCUUCUAGAUGGUAGCGGGGGUGAACAGGCCGUUGCUCGGGUGGCUGAGGUCCUUGUUGAUCUUCUUGGCCUUCCUGUGACACCGGGUGCUGUAGAUGUCCUGGAAGGCAGGCAGUGUGUUCCCGGUGAUGAGUUGGGCUGACCGCACCACCCUCUGGAGAGCCCUGUGGUUGCGGACAGUGCAGUUGCCGUACCAGGCGGUGAUACAGCCCGGCAGGAUGCUCUCAAUGGUGCAUCUGUAGAAUUUCUUCAGCCUCCUGAGGUUGAAGAGGCAAUGUUGCACUUUCUUCACCACACUGUCUGUGUGGAUGGACCAUUUCAGGUGGUCAGUAAUGUGCUCGCCGAGGAACUUCAAGCUUUUCAUCCUCUCCACUGCGGCCUCGUCUAUGUGGAUGGGGGCGUGCUCCCUCUGCUGUCUCCUGAAGUCUAAGAUUAGCUCCUUAAUUUUGUUGACGUUGAGGGAAAGGUUAUUGUCCUGGCAUCACUCCGCCAAGGCCCUCAUCUCCUCUCUGUAGGUUGUCUCGUCGUUGUUGGUAAUCAGGCUCACCACUUUUGUGUCGUCUGCAAACUUGAUGGUUGAGUUGGAGACGUGCGUGGCCACGCAGUCAUGGGUGAACAGGGAGCACGCACCCUUGUGGAGCCCCCGUGUUGAUGAUCAGCGUAGCGGACGUGUUGUUGCCUACCUUCACCACCUGGGGUCGGCCCGUCAGGAAGUCCAGGACCCAGUUGCACAGGGUGGGGUUCAGACCCAGGGCCCCAAGCUUAGUGAUGAGCUUGGAGGGCACUAUGGUGUUGAAGGCUGAGCUGUAGUCGAUAAACAGCAUUCUUACAUAGGUAUUCCUCUUGUCCAGAUGGGAUAGGGCAGUGUGCAAUGCGAUGGCGAUUGCAUCAUCCAUGGAUCUGUUGGGGCGGUAUGCAAAUUGGUGUGGGUCUAGGGUGUCAGGUAAGGUGGAGUUACUACCAUCCCAGGGCUAGGGCUGCUGUUAGUGUUUAUGGCUGGUUGUCAUUCAGCCUCGUCGUGCUGCUCAGCCCGUGUCGCCACAGACAUGAAGCAGCUUCAGAGCAGCUCCUGCUUGCCCGCAGGGAGAUUUCCAGAGGCCACGGUGUCGAAUCGAAGGCCAGUCAGGCACCAUCGAACAGGGACAGAUGUUUUACUCAUUUUGUGUGUGUGUUUGUAAGUGUGUGACACAACCAUUGGGAAUGUUCUCUAACUAACGGUAUUUUGCUAACUAUUUUAUCCAACUUUCCCUGUUCCUUAGUGACUUGCUUCAGGGCUGAAUGCCCUCUCUAUAUUUUUGAUGAUUCUCUUUAUUCCCACCCAUAUCAUGUCCUUGUGAUGGUUGACUCUGCCAUUGCAGUGAUGCAAGAUACACUCUUCUCAAAUCAACUCAAUCAAGGCUUUAUUGGCUAGAUGUGGCCUAUAUGACAACUUUGUUGCAUGUCGAUUUUUAUUAGUAGAUCAAAACAUGAGCUAGACUGAGCCCUCUUUAUCCUCCUCUGUUUGCAGGAAGAAACAUGUGUCGGCCAUCUUGAACAUCCGUGGGAUGACUCGGCAGACGGAGCGCCAGGAGAUCCUGAACAUCGUGAAGGACAUUGAGAACAGUGACACGCUGAUGCGGCUGUCCCGCGACCGCGCCCUCUUCUCCGAGGUGCCCGUUACAUCUGAGGUGCACUGCCUGAACUUGGGCCUGAGCCGCAUUGCCAUCACUGCCUCCUCCUGCUUCUCCAGCCAGAGGCCGCGGCGUACCAAGAGAGCCCCGGUCAGCGAGGCGUACGACGACAUGCUCUAAUGGCUCUAACCACUCUGGAAACGUUCUGAUGACUCAAGCAGACAGACAGCAGUUUAACAGCAAGUCACAAUGGAGCUUGUUGUUAAGUCCUGCACAUAGUGGCGAUACCGGGGCGGACAGCACAACACAUUGAGGAAGUGGAACAACACAUGGAAAGAAUAGGCAUGUUGUGACCUUUCACCUUUCACAGCCACCUUGAUAAAGAAAGUGUGAUGACUGUUUCCAUUGUGAGCGAUAUGCCUAGUCCUUGCUCAUCUAGAGAAAGACUGGGAAAGAGUUUUCAUAUGUGCAACCAUACGGAGAAAAUAUAAAAAUACCAAUUUAAGAGGACUUUGUGGACUUGAAUCCCUGUGGGUUGUUGGCAUUGACUCCUUUUGACAAAGGGCAGUGGAAAGAGACACAAGCUACCUAUUGGGGAAGAUUCUCAAUACUCCACAUAGGUGACUAUGAGGGUUGCAUAGGAACUAUGGUUUAAAUCAGUACUACUGAUCAAGAGCACUGUUUGGAAUAAAUAAAUAAAUAAAAAUGUCAUAUACAAUCAUAUAACGUGCUGACAUUGAUAUGGGUAAGGUUGGAGUCUGUUUUAUAGUUGCACAUGAUAAAUGCUUGAUCUACGGUACUACAACAUUUUAUUAUCUAUCAUCUCUGUGGUGAUUUUCAUUGUAUUUAAAAUAAUGAUUCAUGGUUUAUUUUCAUUUUGUGAUAUAUAGUAUAUGGGCUAAUGUAUGUUGAGCAACUCAAGAGAUGAUUGAAGCCUGUGUAAGCGGAUGAAAUCAUAACUCCCUAUUUAUGUACCAACCAAUGAACUUAUUUAUUGUAGUGUGGUUUGAUUGUCUUGUAGUCAAUGUCAAAUCCCAGUCAAAUGAAUGUAUAUUAAUUUCAAGCUUGUGUUUUCUCCAGGUUUUGUCAAAUGCUGAAACCCUGACUAAAAUAAUCUGACAGCCAUCAUCGAAGAUAAAUAUUAUUUUCAGCUGUGUACUUUUACCUCUGUAAAUUAAACAAUUAAUAAUUACUAUUAUUCAUGAUUGUUGAUAAUUUAAAUAUUCUAAUCCUCAGAUAAUUAGAUUGAUACUGCACCUUUGAUCUUUUUUAAAUCAGCCUUAUUUUAUUUUUCUAAAUCAACAAGCAGACAUUUUGGACUGAGACUACUCCACCUGUUCUUUGGUCACACACUGAUUUAAAACGUUUCAUCUGUUCACCCUGCCUCUGAUGUUCCAUAAUUGUACAGCUGGAUGUAAUAAUCUAUCUGCCUUGAAAUUGUAGAUAAAUCAUCUAAUUAAAUGAGAAUAAACAACAACAGAGAUAAAAUA